AUCAAACACAACUGAACAUGUGGCAUCAAGUAGAAUGGGAAACGUGGUUAAAAUGUGAAUAUGACUGCAAGAGUACCAGUCCACUCAACAGCCUUUUCUUGCACUUCUUUGUGGCAAGAGAUGAAAUCUCAAGGGAAUGUGCCAUGGAGACUAUUGAAACUGUAUUUGGGGCUGUACCCGAACUACAGUUCAUCUACAUAACAGCACGAACUUCCAACGUGCUUGGUCUACCUCUGUCCAGCUUGUUUGAGAUGGUACAGAAACAUGAAGCAGCUGAAACAUCUGUGGCAUUGUACUGCUGUUGUAGACACAAGCACAAUCCUGUUCUCUACGUUCGUCCUGCAAGAGUAGAGGACAAUGAUGACUUGGUGCCCUUAUUCCGGCAGCAGAGUGACAUACUCGAGAAGACGUAUGGCUCGUACUUUCUAGCUGAGAUGAUCGAUUCGAAGGACAACGAUCACAAGUCCCUUGUUGCUGAGGUUAAUGGAAUCGCCAUUGGGUUCAUGAGUCUCUGCAGCAAGGUGGACCUAGGCACACUCAACGAAUGUUUCGAGCUGGAUCAUUUCAACGGCCUGUACAAACCUGAUCCAGAUGACAGUGUUUUCACACCAGACCUGACCUCUCUAGCUUCUGACUCUCAACCACCAGACCAACAAAUCCAAGUCGAUGUGGAAAAACUAGUGAGUGAGGACUUGAGUGACAUCUCCGUAACCGGGCAGCUGAGUCACAGCGAACGCAUGUGCGACGCAGCUUGCAUCCAGUCGCCGUCCGGUCAACGGCUGCGACCGCAGUCAGCGCAGAGCGAGUAUCCUGGCGAAUCGAACGCGUUCUGCAUCCAGCUGUUCUGCAUCAGCGAGAAAUACGAAACUCGCUCCGUCGACUUCCUCGCGCGCGCCUUCGAAAUGAUGCCGGAUCGCCAAUUCUGCAUCGUCUCCGUUCCGUUCCUCGUGCCUCACUUCCCGCUGCUGCAGUCGUUCACGCGCGCGACGCCCCGGCGCCGCAGCACGUUCCCGCACGAACUCUACGUGUUUCACGCGGCCGGCCUGCUCGACUCGUUCACGGUGAGCGCGCUGCGAUGCGAUUGCGACGUCGGCGCGGUAGCGACACUGGUGGCGCCACUGGAGGAUUCGCGAGUGAUCGUUGAUGACGCGAGGCAGUGCAUGGACUUCCGGAGAGAUGCAGACGGGACGGAACUGCAAGCCUUCGUGGCGAAGUGCCUCGAUCAGGUUGUGGGUGUCGCCGUGCUUCGAGCCGAGGAAGACAUAGAGUACAUUCGCUCACACUACAACAUCGAGGACUUUGUCUACUUCAGUCAUCAUGCUCGGGAGGAGCACGCCAAGCUGUGCCACUUUGUUCUUAAUCCCAUCUUUCAACACCUGAGCAAACACUUCAUGAAGGAGGUGCUCAGGCUUGCCCACAAGACCUGCUUGUAUUACCGAAUCUCCUCGCAGCAGGAUGGCGCCUGCGACACGUCCAGGGAGCGCCACACGUUGGUUACGGUGCUGGAUCACCUUGUGCCCGUGCGAGCGCGCAGACAGAUCGUCUACCCGCGGGAGGUGAUCGGCGAGAAUCUGCCGUCGGAGAGGGUGCUUCAGCAGAACGAUCAGUAUGCACUCUGUCACAUGAAUAGGAAGCUCACUUACGAGCCGAAGGUGGUCAUCAACGCUCGAAUCGUUAUAGUCGGAGUCGCUGAUACCACGAUUGCAUUCCUUGAAACACUUGCCUUUUCUCCGCACCUACGUUUCAAUAACAUCACUGUCAUAUCACCACAUGGUCUACCGAAAACUAGGAUACAGAAGGAUAGUGAACCACAGUUUUUGCACAACAGUGAGUGCUACACGGUGGAGCAGUUGCAGCAGCUUGCUCUUCACACGUGGGUGAACGCCGUGCGCGGGAAGGUGACCGCGAUCGACCGCGACGACAAGUACGUCGUCGUGGACGGUGCAAGUGUGAUGCACUACGACUACUUGGUGCUGUGCACCGGCCAGCAAUACGCGCUCGCAGUCCCGUCCGGCGCUGACGUUAGCAGACUCGCUACCACUGCAGAUGUGUCCAUGACCUCGAUCAGGAAACUAGCAAGCAAAAGACAAGUAUGGCCAGACAAUGUAUACGUUAUAAACGAUGACUUGGAUGCCCGCAUCGCCACCGAGUGUCUAAAAAAGGACUUUGUCGACACAGAUGGUAAGGCUGUUGUGUACGGAUCAACACUUGAUGCUUUUGCUACGGUUCACGCAUUGCUAACUUUGGGUAUCGAGGGGAAUAGGAUCACAUUGGUGGAGCCACCGUACAAUUACCAGCCAUCCUGCUUCAACAAUAGCGGUGUGGAAGAAGCAGUUAGGAAGCAGCUGAAGCAGCUGGGAGUGGUCCUGUACUCUGGAUACCUGCUCGCGCAGUGGAAUGAAGGAUCGGUUACCGUUACGAGUCUCUACUCAGUCUCGUUCACCUCCACUACCAAGCCCAUCGAAAUCGAUUGCACGGCUUUCUUCUGUUUCCAACAAAAAUCUGUGGAUUAUGAUGCUUUCAAAGCUAUCAAUAACUCAUGCCUCGUCUACGAUGGGAAGCUGGUGAUCGAUGCAACAUUUCACACCAACGACGUGUGCAUCAGGGCUGCAGGACCACUCACAAAGUUUGCACGCAGAUAUCACAUUGAGCCAUGGACGCACACCAACUUCAACUCGAAAGAGGUCGGAAUCCAUUUAGCGAUGGCAAUGUUGGAACUCGUAGAUCCCACCUUGAUGAUGCAGACCAAGCCAUCUGUGGAGGAACACAACCUGAUUCCUAUCUACCGAAGUCCUUGCAUUCAGACAGCCAUUUUGCCAGGUGGUACACAUUAUCUGCAUGUCACAAAGCCAGGCCCUACAAUGGCACUCCAUGUCCAAAUGGCCCAACCAGAUUAUGGUACCGUACUGUCGACAGGCAGUCUAGAGACGGAAGACUAUUUUCGCCUGCACAUUAACAAGUUCCAGACUGUCGAGACAAUCACCUGCUACUCUAAGCUUCCAAUUGAUGUGAGCAACCUGAUAUGCUUAUACGGCCUACAUGAGAACUAUCUGAAUAAUAUGCUGUCUAGAUUCAACGAAGGGUCCAUAAACGACUUUUACAGUUACUUUAGACAAGCGUGGAGCAUGGCCGUGUUCCACGAUCGAUUCCCAGACUUCAGGGAGGAGGUGAGAGAGGUGCUGAUGAAUCGCUUGGCUAAUGGAAAUCCUUCGCUAGAGGAACACGUUCGCGGUCUCAUCGAAGAGGAUAUGCACCUGAGCAAGGGGCAGCUGGCGGAUCUCGCUCAUGAGUUCAAAACAAGAGGCUAUCAGAAAGAUAUCGAGAUGAAGCUCUUGAGUUUUGUAAACUAUAACCAGUACCAUCUACCAAUGUACGCUCACCCAGGUAUGUUGUGAGGGGCCAACGACAUGCAUAAAACGUGCAUUUCAGUUUGUAGUAUAGCAAAAGCCAUUCGUUUUCUUAACGGAUCAAUGUCCAGACACGUGUGCUAGUGGAUACGUUUUAAAGCCAUUUCUCGUAUCGUUUUUACGUCAAUUCGUUUAUGCGGUACUGGCUUGUAUUUGCUCGUGUGCUUUGGUCAGUGUCAGGAUUGUAGUCUAUUUUUUCUUGUAUUGGUACUGGUUCACACACUGGAUGUAGCAGUUGAAUAAGCACACCUUAUCACAUUCAAUACCAAUUUUCCUGACAGCUUUCAUUCUUUCCUUGUAACGUUUUGGCUUCAGUUUGUCAAAAAGGCAUUGCAUCAAUUGCCAUGUGAUUAUGUAUAAUAGAUAUUUAGAUGUGAAUGAUUAUUAUAUAUAGAUGUUUAGCUUUUGCCCAAGACUAAAUUUAGAAUUACCUUUCCUUUUAUCUUGUUCUAGAAACAACAGAAAUUAUUAGAUGUUAUUUAGAUGAUUACUAGAAACAAUUGAAUUGUUAUUAGUGCCAAAUCUGUUAUGAAUUAGCAAUGUGAAGUAGACCCCAAAAUAAAAAUAAAUCCUCCUAUGCACUGUCA